UCUCUCUCUAUCUCUCAAUUCCAGUUCCGUAUAUGUUUCUUGUUUCAUAUCUUUUAGAUCAUUCAAUCCCUAAUUCCUUCCUUUGUAAAUUAAUUAGAUUAAUGGACUUGGUCCUGUUUCCGGGUUAUCGUCCAUUGACAUGUUCUUCACGAAUGCUCAAAGGAUCAACUUUUGUAUUUGUUUAUAUUGGGUUUUUGUUUUUUUAAAUUUUGAAUCUUUAGUGUGGGGAAUCCAAAUACAGAAGGAUGAUAUUGAAAGUAUAAAUCUUCCGACGAUUCUUUCCUGUGAUUGCCCCCAUUUUUUUGUUCUGAAAUCCACAAUAAUGUCGACGUUUAAUAGUAAAUUCAGUUUGGUUUCCUUAAGAAAUAUUGGAACUUUCUUUUUUUGUCUUCAUUAGAACAAAUUUGUUCGUGAUGGGUAAAUUUUUUGUUUGGUUCUAUGUAGGAUUUUGUUUGAUGAUUGUUGUUUCUUGAAAGAGCAAUGAGCAAUUAUGCAGCCGGACUCGGUAAGCCUGGCUCAGGUAAAAGGAGGAUAAGAGAUCUUUUAAACCAACCUGAUAACCGAGUCUGCGCUGAUUGUGGCGCUUCUGAUCCUAAAUGGGCAUCAGCAAAUAUCGGAGUAUUCAUUUGCUUAAAAUGUUGCGGUGUGCACAGAAGCCUCGGCACUCAUAUCUCAAAGGUCUUGUCUGUGACACUUGAUGAAUGGUCAGAUGAGGAAGUCGACGCCAUGAUUGAAAUUGGAGGAAAUGCUUCUGCUAAUUCAAUUUACGAAGCUUUUGUACCCGAAGGAAGCUCCAAGCCUGGACCUGAUGUUAGUCAUGAUCAGCGUAUGAGAUUCAUUAGGUCAAAAUAUGAACUCCAAGAGUUUCUGAAACCAAGCUUGCGGAUUUCAUCCGGGAAGUGCUCGAAAAAGAAUUCAGCUUUUCUUACAUCAAGUCUUUCUCGAAAGAUCAUGGAUAGUUUUCGCACAAAUUCAUCAUCAAAGAAGAUAUUUCAGGAAGGAAUGGUAGAGUUUAUUGGAAUGUUGAAGGUGACUGUUAAGAAAGGUACUAACUUAGCCAUCAGAGACAUGAUGUCAAGUGAUCCAUAUGUUGUGUUGAAUCUAGGGAAGCAAAAACUUCAGACAACUGUUGUGAAUAGUAAUUUGAACCCGGUAUGGAAUCAAGAACUCAUGCUAUCCGUUCCUGAGAGCUAUGGCCCAGUGAAAUUGCAAGUGUACGAUUAUGAUACAUUUUCUGCAGAUGAUAUAAUGGGAGAAGCUGAGAUUGAUAUCCAACCUCUGAUAACAUCUGCAAUGGCAUUUGGGGAUCCUGAAAUGUUUGGGGAUAUGCAGAUUGGGAAGUGGCUAAAGUCGCAUGAUAAUCCGCUUAUAGAUGACAGUAUCAUUAACAUUGUCGAUGGAAAAGUGAAGCAGGAGGUUCAAAUCAAACUACAAAACGUAGAGUCUGGAGAAUUAGAGCUAGAAAUGGAAUGGCUGCCACUUGACCAAUAAUCAAUUAGUCUCAUGUUGGUUCAUGAUUCCUUAUGUUGUUACUAUUUUCCGAGUUUUGAUCUCACUUCACCAGAAGAUGUUUUUGUUUGUUUGUUUGUUUGUUUAUGUUUGUCUAAACCCAAUGGGUUGUGUAACAUCUUGAUUGAUGGAAAAGAAGAAAGAUAUAUCAUUUUAAUUGCA